AUGGAGCGAAUUGCACGAAUUAAACCCCUAGUUGAUUUGCAACAACUAGAAUUCCUCCGUGUCCUCCCAGGGUCCGACUUGGACCAGUUUUUGCGGUACAUUUACUUGAGAACAAGUUUGUCCGCCUUGUCUUUCGCGCUGACGCACCCCGCGCUGGAGGGCGCAGUGCCUUUCCACCUGCUCGCGCGAAUUGCCUCCGACUGUUUCUUUUUGGGAAAACAUCCCGACGUGCAAAAAAAGAUAAAUCGGCAAAUUCGAAACAACUCCGAGGCCGAGAGGGUCCCGAGAUUCGACAAGUACUUCGCGGGAUUCAUUGCAGCAACUUGCAACUUGCUGACGAUUGAAGUGUACAGACGGACGAUGAAGGAGAAGUCUUUGGGGACUCCUUUGAAGUUGGAGAAGAACAAAAAAGAAAAAGAAAACGAAAACGAAGAAAAAGAAAACGAAAACGAAAAUAAAAGUGAAAACGAAGGCGAAGCCGAAGACGCCGAGGUCGACCUCGACACUGCGCUCGGCUCUGCAACUUACUACCCCGUGUGUCUACGGCUGAUGAAAACGCUGACGUCCAACGACUACGGCACUUGGCUGGAGCCUCUUUGCUUUUUAUUUGCAGCUUUUGCCAAAGUCCUUUCCGCCGCGCAAAUCGUCGUCACCAGUAAGCAGCAGCUGCAGCCGCAGCAGCAGCAGCAGCAGCAGCAGCACAAGCAGCAGCAGCAGCAGCCCAAGCAGCAGCAGCUGCAGAAGCACCAGCAACACAAGCAGCAGAACCAGCAGCACAUCGGGAGCAGCAGCAGCAAAAGCAGCACAAGCAGCAGGGGCACAAGCCUCAAGCAGCAGCAGCAAAAGCAGCAGAAACAGCAACACAAGCAGCAGCAGCAGAAGCAGCAGCAGCAGCAGCAGCUAGCGGGAGAACUAAAAUUUGAAUAUGCUGCGUUAUUUUAA